UACAUUUCGAGAGAGAGAGAGAGAGAGAGAGAGAGAGAGAGAAUGGCGAGUAGAGGGUUUCGAGUUCAUAGAUUUCUAAGGAGCUGCGAUUGGAUUCGUCUUCGCCCCAAUUUGAAUCGUGGAUUCUCUUCUGAUGCUGUUCCAUCCCAAUUAGAGAGAGUUGGAUUUAUAGGACUCGGAAACAUGGGGUACCACAUGGCGAAGAAUCUGAUAACGGCUGGAUAUAAAGUUACAGUUCAUGACAUAGUGGACCGUCAAAUAAAAACUUGGAUUCUGAUGAUCUCUAGUAAUGAUAAUACCAUGAAGAAGUUCUCGGAAAAGGGUGUUCCGACAAAAGAAACUCCUUGUCAAGUUGCCGAGUCAAGUGAUGUCAUAAUCACCAUGCUGCCCACAUCGUCUAAUGUUUUGGAUGUCUACUUUGGACAAAACGGCUUGAUAGAAAGUCAAAAUCACUUAAGCCCCUGGUUAUUCAUAGACUCUUCUACAGUUGAUCCACAAACUUCAAGAAAGAUUUCAAUGAGCAUCUCAAAAUGCCAUCUAAAAGAAAAGAAAGGCUAUGUAGAAAAGCCGAUCAUGUUGGAUGCUCCUGUCUCCGGAGGCGUCCCAGCUGCAGAAGCCGGAACACUUACUUUCAUGGUGGGUGGCUUAGAAGCUGCUUAUCUUGCUGCUGAACCCUUACUUCUAGCCAUGGGUAAAAGGACAAUCUAUUGUGGUGGGUCUGGAAAUGGUGCUGCAGCAAAGAUAUGUAACAAUUUGGCGAUGGCAAUUAGCAUGAUUGGGGUCUCCGAAGCUUUUGCUCUUGGUCAGAACCUUGGAAUUAGGGCGAGCACAUUAACAAAUAUAUUCAAUUCUUCAAGUGCUCGAUGUUGGAGUAGUGACACUUACAAUCCGGUUCCGGGAGUAAUGCCGGGGGUGCCUUCGUCAAGGAAUUACGAUGGUGGAUUUGCAUCUAAACUUAUGGCUAAGGACUUGGGAUUAGCCAUUACAUCUGCAGCUGAGGUCGGUCUCGAGAGUCCGCUAACUUCCAAAGCUCAUAAUAUUUACAAAAGAUUAUGCGAGAAGGGCUACGAUUCUAAGGACUUUUCGUGUGUCUUUCGACAUUACUACUCUGGGAAGGAUGAGAAUUAGACACAUUCGCUGGUGAUAACAAAGCACAAAUUCAUCGAAGCAUGUUGUGGAUUGAACAUCAGAAAUGCUGUGUUCAGCGAUAACUACAACUAGUCUGUAAUUUAAGCAUGUACUUCAUUGAUAAAAAUUCAACAAAAUUGCCGGUAUAUUGGAGUAAACAUUUAUCUAAGUUGCUCCCUUUUCUUCAUAUUUGUUAUUCAAAGUUAAUAAAUUGUUCCGUAAUAUUCAAUAGACUCAGUUUCAGUGUCUUAUAAUUUUUAAA